AUGUCGAAACUUAUCCAACUACAGGUAUGGGACAACUCCUUCACUGGUAAUGUGCCAAAAGAUCUCGGUAACCUGACAAAGCUUGAAGUUCUCAACCUUGCAAACAAUCAAUUGACUGAUGAACACUUAGCCUCUGGGGUUAGUUUUCUUACUUCUUUGACAAAUUGCAAAUUUUUGAGAACAUUGUGGAUAGGUUAUAAUCCUUUGAAAGGUACUCUUCCAAAUUCACUAGGGAAUCUUCCCAUUGCUCUUGAAAGUUUUAAUGCAUAUGCCUGCCAAUUCAGAGGAACCAUUCCCACAGGAAUUGGUAAUUUGACCAAUUUGAUAAUGCUGCACUUGGGAGCUAAUGACUUGACAGGGUCAAUUCCAACUACAUUGGGACAGCUACAAAAGCUUCAGGCGUUGUCCAUUGCUGGAAAUAGAAUACGAGGAUCCAUUCCAAAUGAUCUGUGCCAUUUGAAGAACUUGGGAUACUUGGGUUUGAGUUCUAACAAAUUGUCUGGAUCAACCCCAAGUUGUUUUGGAGAUCUUCUUGCGCUACGAGAACUCUUUCUUGACUCCAACGCGUUAGCUUUCAACAUUCCUACAUCCUUGUGGAGCCUUAGAGAUCUGUUGGUUCUUAACUUGUCUUCAAAUUUCUUGACUGGUAAUCUACCUCCCGAAGUUGGAAACAUGAAGUACAUUAUAACAUUGGACCUGUCAAAGAACCUAGUUUCAGGUUACAUUCCAAGCAGGAUGGGAAAACUACAAAAUUUGAUUACACUCUCCUUGUCCCAAAACAAACUACAAGGCCCAAUACCUGUAGAAUGUGGUGAUUUGGUAAGCUUGGAAUCAUUGGAUCUAUCCCAAAACAAUUUAUCUAGAAUCAUUCCCAAGUCAUUAGAGGCCCUUAUUUAUCUCAAGUAUCUAAAUGUUUCUUUCAAUAAACUACAAGGAGAAAUUCCGAAUGGAGGACCUUUCGUAAAUUUCAAUGCUGAAUCGUUCAUGUUCAAUGAAGCCUUAUGUGGAGCACCUCAUUUUCAAGUCAUGGCAUGUGAUAAAAACAACCGCACUCAAUCAUGGAAGACAAAGUCAUUCAUCUUGAAAUAUAUUCUAUUACCAGUCGGAUCAACAGUAACUUUAGUGGUUUUCAUUGUUCUGUGGAUACGUAGACGAGAUAACAUGGAAAUACCAACUCCAAUUGCCUCAUGGCUCCCUGGAACACAUGAAAAGAUUUCACACCAGCAGCUUCUUUAUGCAACAAAUGACUUUGGUGAAGACAAUUUGAUUGGGAAAGGAAGCCAGGGCAUGGUAUAUAAAGGGGUAUUAUCUAAUGGCUUAAUUGUUGCUAUAAAGGUUUUCAAUUUAGAAUUCCAAAGAGCCUUGAGGAGUUUCGAUUCAGAAUGUGAAGUGAUGCAAGGGAUUCGCCACCGAAAUCUUGUUAGGAUAAUUACCUGUUGCUCAAACCUCGAUUUCAAAGCAUUGGUACUCGAAUAUAUGCCUAAUGGAAGUCUUGAGAAGUGGUUGUAUUCCCACAACUAUUUUUUGGAUCUCAUCCAAAGAUUAAACAUUAUGAUAUAUGUAGCAUCAGCAUUAGAGUACCUUCAUCAUGAUUGUUCGAGCCUUGUGGUGCAUUGCGACUUGAAGCCCAGUAAUGUUUUGUUAGAUGACAAUAUGGUUGCACAUGUGGCGGAUUUUGGGAUUGCAAAACUCUUGACUGAAACAGAGUCUAUGCAGCAAACAAAGACCUUAGGCACAAUAGGCUAUAUGGCACCAGAGCAUGGCUCAGCUGGGAUAGUAUCCACAAAGAGCGAUGUUUAUAGCUAUGAGAUCUUGUUGAUGGAAGUAUUUGCAAGGAAGAAGCCUAUGGAUGAAAUGUUCACUGGGGAUCUAACCUUGAAGACUUGGGUAGAGUCAUUAUCCAAUUCAGUGAUACAGGUUGUUGAUGUCAAUCUAUUGAGAAGAGAAGAUGAAGACCUUGGCACAAAGCUAAGUUGUUUGUCCUCCAUUAUGGCUUUAGCUCUGGCAUGUACAACCGAUUCACCUAAGGAGCGGAUCGACAUGAAAGAUGUGGUAGUUGAACUCAAGAAGAGCAGAAUCAAACUGUUGAUGUAAGGAUUAUUUCAAAAGAUGGGAUGGAACUUAAUAACAUCAAAUUGUUACACAACAGUUGAUGUCAAUAGUUCAAAGGAAGCCAAAAGUCGGAAUUUGGAGCCGAUUAAGAGUGCACAAAGCAAUAUCCCAAGCACUGUUAAGUAUAUGUCAUGGGUCUAGAUGUUUAAUUUCUUUGGUAUUUUCCACAUGACAACCAAAUGUGAAAAAAUCAUUUUUCUGAGCAUUUUUUUUCUUUCUUUAAUGCUUUUUGAGAACCAAACAUAAGCUAAGGGA